AUAUUUGUACGCUCUAGGACAGAAGGUUUGGAAGCGGUGGAAAAAACGCUACUUUGUUCUUGUUCAGGUUAGCCAAUACACAUUUGCAAUGUGCAGUUACAGAGAAAAGAAGUCUGAGCCUCAGGAACUGAUGCAGCUCGAAGGAUACACUGUGGAUUAUACAGCUCCUCACACAGGUCUUCAGGGUGGUCGAAUGUUUUUCAAUGCUGUUAAAGAAGGUGAUACCGUGAUAUUUGCCAGUGAUGAUGAGCAGGAUAGAAUACUCUGGGUUCAAGCCAUGUACAGAGCCACAGGUCAAUCAUAUAAGCCUAUUCCUGCUAGUCAAGCUCAAAAGAUAAAUCCUAAAGGAGGAAAUGUCAACGCAGAUAUAUCCCCGCUUUAUACAGACCGUGGUCAGAAACAUGGCAUGGAUGAGUUUAUUUCUGCAAAUCCCUGCAAAUUUGACCAUGCUUCCCUCUUUAGACUGCUUCAGAGGCAGACCUUGGAUCACAGAUUGAAUGACUCCUAUUCUUGUUUGGGUUGGUUUAGCCCAGGUCAAGUCUUCGUGUUAGAUGAAUACUGUGCUCGCUACGGAGUGAGAGGCUGUCACCGUCAUCUUUGCUAUCUCAAUGAAUUGAUUGAACAUUCAGAAAACGGUUCUGUCAUUGAUCCAACCUUGCUCCACUACAGUUUUGCGUUUUGUGCUUCUCAUGUUCAUGGCAACAGGCCAGAUGGAAUUGGAACAGUAUCUGUUGAGGAAAAAGAAAGGUUUGAGGAAAUUAAGGACAGACUUUCAUCGCUUUUAGAAAACCAAAUAAGCCAUUUCAGAUACUGUUUCCCUUUUGGACGUCCUGAAGGAGCUUUAAAAGCCACACUUUCAUUACUUGAAAGGGUUUUAAUGAAAGAUAUUGCCACUCCCAUACCAGCAGAAGAGGUGAAGAAAGUGGUUAGAAAAUGUCUGGAGAAGGCUGCCUUGAUCAAUUACACUCGGCUUACAGAAUAUGCCAAAAUAGAAGCAACAGCAGAAAAGGACUCAGAGACCAUGAACCAAGCAACACCUGCUAAAAAACUGGAAGAGGUUCUUCACCUUGCAGAACUCUGUAUCGAAGUAUUGCAGCAAAAUGAAGAACAUCAUUCAGAGGGAAGAGAGGCGUUUGCUUGGUGGCCGGAAUUAUUAGCAGAGCAUGCAGAGAAGUUUUUGUCUCUGUACUCCGUUGAUAUGGAUUCAGCACUCGAGGCACAGCCGCAGGACUCCUGGGACAGCUUCCCACUUUUCCAGCUGCUGAAUAAUGCCCUCAGAAAUGACA